AUGAAGCCUCUCACGGCUCUGCUGCCGCUGGCCUUCGGUCUGAUCGCCACGCACGCUCUUGUUGCCUCGUCGCAGUCUAUCGUCAUCGACCAGCUAUGGAGCACCACGUGGAACUACUCUGCCGUGCAAGAACUCACCAAUCCCUCUAUCGCCUUUGUCCCCGGCGCAGCACUGACGGCGUCAAUCAACGUCACCUCGUCUUCCACGGACAAGACAAAGCACGAUCAGAUCGGUAUCGCCAUCGCCGACAAUCAAUUGCACCAGGUGGUCGACGCGUUGGGCGGUGGCAUCACAGACAGCGUCGCCAUCACGUUGCAGGACUUCAAGACGCGCCAUCCUCAGGACUACGACGAUCUACUGCAUUUGCUGUUCUCGCCUGACUCGGAAUGGCUGGAGAAGGGCGGGGUGGGUAUGAACACCGUCCGCGUCCCGCUGGGAGCGAGCGACUUUGGCAUCAGCCCGUACACGUUUGACGACACGGAAGACGGCAGCGAGGAUCCGGACCUCGAGCUGUUCACCAUCAAACGCGCGCCCAAGCUGUGGAAGACGCUGCGCGAUAUCGUAGCGAUCAAUCCGGCGCUCAAGAUCAUUGUCGCCACGUGGAGCGCGCCGGCGUGGAUGAAGGAGGGCGGCAACCCGGAUAAUGCGCUCUUUGGUGGGUCACUCAAAAAAGGCAUGGAACCCGUGUUUGCCAAGUACCUCGUUCGCGCCGUGUCGGACCUCAAGACGCAGGAAAACCUCACAGUCUUCGCCAUGAGCCCGCAGAACGAGCCGGGCUACGCCGGAACCAACUACCCGACCAUGAAGCUCUCCCCGGACCAGUCGAUCAAGAUGGGCUCCCUCCUCCGCUCUGGCCUCGACGCGGCCGGCUUCCAGUCCGUCAAGCUGUUCCUGUACGACUUCAACUGGGAUAACCCGAAUUAUCCGCUGAGCGUGCUCAACGCCAAUCCCGACCCGUGGGACGCCGUCGCGUGGCACGGCUACGCGGGCAGCCCGAGCGCGCAGAAGACCGUGACCGAAGCGUUCCCGGACAAGGACACAUACUUCACAGAGAUGACGCGCGUCACACAGUACUUCAGCGAGCCGUACAAGAACAUGAAGAACACGGCACGUGAUUUGCUCAUCGGCUCGAUCCGGUGGAACGGUAAGAGCCUUGUGCUGUGGAACCUCAUUUUGCGCAAGGACGAGGAUGGCUUCACCAGUCCGCAUCUGCCGAAUGUGUGUUCGAACUGCAACGCUGCAGUGCUGCUUCUACCGGAUGCGAGCGAUUCGACUACCGGUACGGAUGCUGAUGCGAAGGUCGAGUCCAAGCGCAGUCUCGACCGUCGUGCCGGUAGACAGACGGCGACCUUUCAUCCAUCUACCGACACCGGAAGGGCAGACGAAGCAGUCCUCGCAUCCAAACUCGUCGAUGCAAAGACGACCAACAACCCUUCCGUCUAUGCCUCGGACCUCUUCAAGCGCACAUCUGACUUUUCCGUCCUCGCCCACCUCUCUGCUGCCAUCCGACCCAUGGGUGCUUCGAAAGAAUAUGCGCGCCGCAUCGGCGUCACCAGCACCGACGAGACCACCGACCUCGGCGGUCGCAUGCUCGCCCAGGCUUUCCGCCAGGACGGCGUGAGACCAGGGGUCAGCAGGUUCUCGGUGAUCCUGUUGAACCAGAACGACCAUUAUGAGUCCGGCGUCUUUGAGGCUGCGACCAGUGUGAUUAGCUUUCGUGGCAUGGUGGCGAACGUGACGACUGUGCCCGGGCUGUAUACGAUUGCUUGGGAGGCGCCGACGAUCGCUGGGGAGGGACAGACGGGCGAAGAGGUGGACAAGAAGGGUCGCUAA